AUGGCUCCGGACAUGCCGCCCGGCCGGCCGGGCACGCUCACAGCAGAGCAAGAAACAAAGCUGAAAGAGAUGUGGAUCGCGACGCUGGAGAUCUUCGGCGUCAUCCACGAAACCCACGACAACGGCACGCCGAACCCUGCCGACUCGUCGACACCAGAUAAGAAAAAGAAGAAGAGCCGGCUUUCCAUGUUUAGGAAGAAGGACAAGGACGGCGACAGCGACUCGGCGAGUGCUGGCGACAGCGCGGACAACGAUAAGCAUGGUCAGACGAAGGAGUUCCAGCAAGCCCUGGCGACCGAUUCUCCCGAAACCCUGCGCGAGGCUUUCUGGUCUAUGAGCAAGCACGAUCACCCCGAUGCCCUCUUGCUCCGUUUCCUCCGAGCGCGUAAGUGGGACGUACACGCUGCGAUUGUGAUGAUGAUUUCUACCUUGCAUUGGCGCUUGUCUGAGAUGAAGGUGGACGAGGACAUCAUGAAGAAUGGAGAAGAAGGCGCUCUGAAAAACUCCAAGGAUUCCAGUUCGGGUAGCAAAAAGGACGGCGAGGACUUCCUCUCGCAAUUGCGCAUGGGCAAGAGCUUCUUGCACGGCACGGACAAAGAAGGGCGACCGUGCUGUUAUUGUCGUGUGCGCUUACAUCGACCUGGCCAGCAGACGGAGAAGAGUCUGGAAAGAUUCACCGUCUACACGAUAGAGACUACGCGCAUGAUGUUGCGGCCGCCAGUCGACACUGCAACAAUCGUCUUCGACAUGACCGACUUCAGCAUGGCAAACAUGGACUACACGCCCGUGAAAUUCAUGAUCAAAUGUUUCGAAGCAAACUACCCGGAGAGCCUCGGCUCGGUGCUCGUCUACAAAGCGCCCUGGAUCUUCCACGGCAUCUGGAAAAUCAUCAAGGGCUGGCUGGACCCCGUCGUCGCCUCGAAGAUCCACUUCGCCGACAGCGUCAAGGAUUUGGAGGAGUGGAUUCCGCGCAGCCAGAUUAUGAAGGAGCUGGGCGGGGAGGAGAGUUAUACGUAUGAGUUCCCGGAGCCGGUGGAGGGGGAGAAUGCGAUUAUGGGCGAGACGGCGGCAAGGGAUAAGAUUCAGGCGGAGCGGACGGAGUUGGUCAAGUCGUAUGAAGCCGAGACGUUAUCGUGGGCGCACUCGGAGGAUGCAGGGGAGGGCAGAGGACGAUUGGCAGAACGGCUGGCGGAGAACUACUGGCGGUUAGACCCUUACAUCCGCGCAAAGUCGUUGUAUGAUAGAAGUGGGGUUUUGGGGCCGAAGGGCAAGUUGGACUUCUACCCGAGCAAAUCUGCUGCUGCUGGGGCUGCGAAUGGAGGGCAGGCGGCGGAGGAUGAUGUGGAUUGA